UCCUCCAGUAAGGACCUCACCUUUCACUACUUCCAGCGGAGUUUAUAUUUCUUUUACCUGUGCGUCAUGGUGGGCAGGAUCACCUGUGGACUGUGGCUGCCCGUCCUCCUCAUGGGAUGCGGGCGACUGUGGGCUUUCAACCUGGACACCGAAAACUACCAGCGGAAGGACGGGGAUCAGGGCAGCCUGUUCGGCUUCUCCAUGGCCCUGCACCGGCAGCUCGUACCGCAGGAUAAGAGAUUUCUGCUGGUUGGUGCCCCGAGAGCGAAAGCCAUUAAAGGUCAAACAUCCAAAGUGACAGGAGGACUGUACGGCUGUGACAUGAGCUCCAGCUCAACUAGCUGCACCCGACUUCAGUUUGAUGAUGAAGAGGAUCCAACCAAAGAGAGCAAAGAGAACCAGUGGAUGGGAGUGACAGUCAACAGUCAAGGGCCAGGAGGGAAGAUUGUGACCUGUGCCCAUCGAUACCAGCGGCGGUCCAAUGUGAAAACAUCCAUCGAAUCACGCGACAUUAUUGGUCGCUGCUACGUGCUGAGUCAGAACUUGGAAAUCGAUUCUGGUGCGACUGAAGAUGGAGGUGGCUGGCUAUUUUGUGACCAGAGGCCCAGAGGCCACGAGAGUUUUGGAUCCUGCCAGCAGGGGGUCUCUGCCACGUUCGACAAGGAUUACCACUACCUCAUCUUUGGGGCUCCAGGAGCAUACAACUGGAAAGGUGUGGUACGCUUGGAACAAAAAAAUGACACCCUAUUAGAUCUGGGCAUCUAUGAAGAUGGUCCAUUUGAGGUGGGAGACGAGAGAGAAAAGAAUGCCGAACUGGUCCCUGCCCCUCCUAACAGCUACCUGGGAUUUUCUCUGGACUCGGGCAAGAGUUUGACCAAGAAUCGUCAGCUGACAGUGGUGGCCGGAGCUCCUCGGGCGCACCACAGCGGGGCGGUGGUGAUGCUGAAGAAAGGCGAUACCUCGAGCAAAAUCUUGCUGGAAGAGUUCACCCUGGUAGGGGAGGGGCUUGCGUCGUCUUUCGGCUAUGAUCUGACUGUAAUGGAUCUCAACGGGGACGGCUGGCAGGACAUAGUGGUGGGAGCACCUCAGUACUUCGAGAAGGACGGAGAAAUCGGUGGAGCCGUUUACGUCUAUGUCAACAAAGCAGGAAUCUGGAACAAUGUCAAACCGACCAGAAUAGACGGACCUAAAGACUCCAUGUUCGGCCUCGCUGUGGAAAACCUGGGAGACAUCAAUAAGGAUGGUUACGAGGAUUUUGCAGUGGGAGCUCCUUAUGACGAUAAAGGGACAGGGAAGGUUUAUAUCUACAUGGGAUCAGCUGCAGGACUCCGCUCUAAAAAAGCUGAUCAGGUGCUGUCGGGCCAGACUCUUGGUGUAAAGCUGUUUGGCUACUCUUUGGCAGGCAACAUGGACCUGGAUAAGAAUGCCUACCCAGACCUGGCUGUCGGAUCCCUCUCUGACUCUGUCUUUGUGUUCAAAACCCGGCCAGUUAUUAACAUCAAGAAAGUAAUCACAUUCACACCGAAGGAAAUCGACUUCACCAAGAAGAACUGUGCCAGUGGCUUUUGCUUUGAAGUUGGGGUCUGCUUCACUUAUACUGCUUAUCCAAAGAGCUACACUCCCAAACUGACGGUGGAGUACACUCUGCAGGCGGACGCUGACAGGAGUAGCGGUCUCCCUUCCAGGGCGACCUUCCCCGGGUCCUCCGACUCUGACAAGGGGACCAUCAUCAUGAACAGCCAAGGAGCAGAAAAGUGCAUUAAACGUCAGCUUGCCAUUCAGGAGAACAUUCGAGACAAGCUGCGAGGGAUCCCCAUCGAAGUGACUGUGGACAUCAAGGACGCCAAACGUAAACGCAGGCAGAGCUCAGGUCCUCUGGCCCCAGUUCUAGAUGCUCUACAGCCGAUGAUAACUCGAGCAGAGGUGAAUUUUCGGAAGGAGGGUUGUGGCAGCGACAACGUUUGCCAGAGCAGCCUGCAGUUGCAAAGUCAAUACGGAAGCGGGGCGAGUGACAAGGACCCCUUCGUUCCAUUGAAAAAGGGGGAGGACGGCCUGCCCCUAAUCUCGCUCAGCAACCAGAAGGACGUCACCUUGGAGGUCAAAGUGAGCAAUCACGAUGGAGAUGACGCACAUGAAGCACGUUUGGUGGCCUCAUUCCCGCCCUCCCUGACCUACUCAGCUCACCGUGUACCUGAUGAUAACAAAGUCAGCUGCAGAGCCAAUAAAGACGGUUCCAAUUUGGAUUGUGAUCUUGGAAACCCUUUCAGCCGUGACUCAGAGGUCACCAUCUACAUUAUUUUGGGUACAUCCCGCAUCUCUCUCAACAAUUCUGAUCUGGAGAUUGAUCUUCAGCUAAAUACCACAAGCAAGCAGGUGAUAGCUCCUGUCAAAGCAAAGGCAAAGGUGGCCAUCAUGUUGCAGCUGAUGCUUUCAGGACAAAUCCAGCCGUCUCAGGUCUACUAUACAGGAAAGGUCAAAGAUAAGGCGGCCGUGAAGACUGAAAAUGAAGCAGGCCCUGCCAUCACACAUCAGUUCAGAAUAGUCAACCUGGGAAAACGCUUGACGAGUCUUGACAGCGCCACCCUCAACAUCAAGUGGCCAAAGGAGGAGAAGCAAGGCAAGAGGCUGCUCUACCUGAUGAGGAUCAGCUCCACAAGAGUGGAGAAUUUACAGUGCACUCCUAAAGAAGAGAUCAACCCUCAGGGGCUGGUAUCAAGUAGCAACAGGAGAAGAAGAUCAUCAGAAAACUCCAAGGGAAUUCAGGAAGGCAUAAUGUCCCGUUACGAAGGAAAGGAAAGACUCUCUCUGUCCUGUGACAGCGGGGCUACUUGUGUGAACAUACAGUGCCCCCUGGAGGGCCUGGACAGUAAUGAAGUAAUCACUUUCCACUCUCGCCUUUGGAACAGCACCUUCAUCGAGCUUUAUUCCAAGUUACAUCUUGUGGAGGUGAUAGUGAAUGCCUCUCUGAACUUGGACAGCACAAAGAAGAACACAAUUCUGGAAAACACUGAGACUCAGCUGAAACUGACGGUGUUCCCUGAGAUGCGCGCAGCUCAACAUGGAGCAGUGCAAUGGUGGAUCAUAUUGCUGUCCAUCCUCUUCGGCCUGCUGCUGCUGGGCCUCUUGGCUUUCCUUCUCUGGAAGUGUGGAGUCUUUGGAAAAAAGAAUAAAGACGCGGCACCAGAAAAAGAGACACUGACGUCAAAUGCAUAAAAACAGAGAGAGAGGUGCGGCUUUUUCAAUCGUGCCAGAUAUGAAGACAAGGUCCCCAGUUACAACGCGGUAUGGAUCAAACGGGAGGAGAGAGACAUAAAUGCUGGAAAUGGUAACUGGGCGACCCUGGAGAAGAAGUCAUGGAUGACGACCUGGCAUGACAGCAAACAUUAUUCUUAACAGCCAAUGACAUUUUGACUCAGAUCACGUGGAUCCUCUGAAGCUUACAGGUGAAAUACUGGUUCCACUGAUUCCCCCUCCCCCCAUCGUCUUUGAACAGCUCGGACUGUAAAUAGUCACUUUUUUUUUUUUUUUUUUAAUAAAAAUUUAAAAAAAACUUAAUACUUGAUCAAACAUUCUGCUUCAGAUAGUUUGCAUGAGUCACUGGACGGAGAGUGGUAGUUUUGAGAUGGUCCUGCUGUGGGAGCGUUUCUACAGUUGUACAUUUUUUAAGAAAUGUUUUGCAGAAUUGUGUAUAUUUAUUCUUUGCGAGUUCUUUGUUACGUGCACUUCUGGCCAAAGAGUCAUUCAAUGCUUACACAGGUGCCUGUCAACAACAUUGCAUUUCUACAGAGCCUCUUGGUGUCGGAUCAGUUUUUUUGUAUGUUGUGCUUAAGCUGCCUCAGGUUGUUCCAUUAUAAAACUACAAUUCAUCCACAGUUGUCAAAUACCAGGUUUGUAAAGUUCCAUCCAAUCCUCUGCAGAACUUAAUGGCUGUAUAACAGGAAGGAGAUAAGAGCAAAAUAAAACCUUUUACAUA